GCAUUACCGACACCGCACUCGCUCCGUGCUCGGCGAGUUUCAGUUCGACAUUUUUGUUGGCCGCAAACGGGAGUGGUGCCUGCCGCCGUGUCGUGACAUGGGCGAUCGCCGCCGUCUGAAUUUUUUUCUAUUAAACCUCGCGUGCCUCGAACGUUGUUGUUGCUGAAACUAGGUGGUGAGUGCGCGGCUUCCAUGGUGGUGUGCAGUGUGUGUGUCUACAGCGCGUGAAGCCGGAGUGUUUCUGCACCCAGCGCAAGUAUAAUCUAUCCGUGCGUGCGUGUGUGUGUUGGUGUUGUGUGCGGCGGCGACAAUGUUUCGCUGCAUUCCGAUCUUCAAGGGGUGCAAUAGACAGAUCGAGUAUGUCGACAAGCGGCACAGCUCGCUGCCGACGGUGCCCGAGGACAUCCUGCGGUAUGCGCGCAGCUUGGAGGAGCUGCUACUCGACGCGAAUCAUAUUCGCGACCUGCCGAAGAACUUUUUCCGCCUGCAGCGUCUGCGGAAGCUCGGCCUGAGCGACAAUGAGAUUCACAAGCUGCCAUCGGAUAUACAAAACUUCGAGAACCUCGUCGAGUUGGACGUCUCGCGCAAUGUACCGGAUGAGUUUGGUAAUCUGGUCGAGUUGGGUGUGUUGAGUCUGAGGGAUAAUCGCUUGACCAUGUUGCCGGAUACAAUCGGGAAUUGUGAGCGGUUGCAUGUGUUGGAUGUGUCCGGGAAUCGGCUGCCGUAUCUGCCCUAUACGCUGCUGCAGUUGGCGCUCAAGGCGGUGUGGUUGAGCGAGAAUCAGGCGCAGCCAAUGUUGACCUUCCAGACUGAUACGGAUCCGCAUACGGGGAACACGGUGUUGACGUGUUUCCUGCUGCCGCAGCAGGAGUAUCAGCCUACGAUAGGUGAGUUUUCAUUUGGGAGGUUAGCGUAUAGGCAACCAACACUACGUUUAGAGUGUAUUGUUUUGCAGACACCCUUCGUCCGUCAGAACACCCCACAUCCGCGUGAGUUGAAAGCAAAGGCGCACAAGUUAUUUGCAAAGGGCCAGAAUUCACUGGAGGACUCCGAGCUGCAGACCACCUCGGAAGCGCUGCCGAUUAUCGAGGCGGUGAAUGCGCAUACGAAGGAGCCGACGCCACCCCCACCUCAACCUCAAACACCACAACCACCAGCACCCUCUUUUGUUCACCAAUCACAACCUUUGAAUGGCCGCGAGGAGAACAGCGAUCCGAGCGCCGAAGAUGACACGGACGAUGAGACGACGAGGAGACGUGUCGUCGGUUUCGUCGGCGAUGGGGGUGAAGACCACGCGGAUGCGGCGCGUCCGCUGCGUCUCCAUCGGCGGGAUACGCCGCACCAUCUGAAGAAUAAACGCAUCAACGCCGCCGUCAUCGAUAAAGAUAAGAUGGCCUCCAUUAUCGCACAGGCGAUCAAACGCAAGGAGGAGGACGGCAGCGAUCGAACGAGCGUUUCCACUCCUCCGGAAUCGGUGCGCAGCACCAGCAGUCAAGAAUCGCACCUCAGUCACCUCUCGGCGGUGGUCGCGUUGCAUUGUUUCUGUGUUACCUUUUCCAUUAUCCUAUUUAUCCUGAAUAUGACGAGCACACUGCCCAAGAUCCGCAUACGCAGUAAUGGCGGCACGGUGCAUAUUAAGGCCGGGACCCUGCCGAGGAAUAAGGGUUCGGUGAUACGGAUUCGUAAUCGCACGCCUACGUACCGAUACGGUGGCGGAGUAGGAGUACCUGAGCAUCAUCGGAGUUUACAAUCACUGCGGCAUGUGCCAGCUGGGGAAUCGGACGCCACUACGAAUGCAUCGACCGGCGUGCCAACCGUGGAGUUACGUGAAGAAAAAUACGAGAUUCAUAUUGAACGCUCGAAGGCUGGGCUCGGUUUGUCGAUAGCUGGCGGACGGGGUUCUACCCCGUUCAAGGGGCAAGAUGAAGGUAUCUUUAUAUCGCGUGUAACCGAUGGAGGUCCUGCGGAUUUAGCUGGGCUUCGUGUCGCUGAUAAAGUGCUUACGGUUAAUGAGCAUUCGCUUGUUGGGGUUAGUCACUACGAUGCCGUGGAAGUAUUAAAAGCAGCCGGACCACUGCUGGUGUUUGAGAUUAGUCGCGAAGUAACGCGGAUUGUACAUGAUAAUAGUAUUGCUGUUGGUGUUGAGAGUAAAGAAGGUAAAGAGUUGAAGAUUCCGUCACCGUUGCCGCCGCUGGUGAGCGAUGAUGAUGUUGCUGUCAAGCGGGUGUCGAUUCACACGACACUGAUACGGGAUUCACGCGGGUUGGGUUUCAGUAUUGCGGGUGGGAAGGGUUCGCCGGCGUUCAAAGGUGAUUCCGACGCGAUUUUUGUCUCGCGGAUUACCGAUGGUGGUGUAGCGCAGAAGGAUGGGAAACUGGCGGUGGGGGAUAAGGUUAUUUCGAUUAAUGGCGUUGAUUUGACGGGGGCUUCGCAUGAUCAAGCCGUGGGUAUGUUGACGGGGUUGGAGAGGUUUGUGAGGUUGGUGGUUGAGAGGGAUAUGCCGGUUAGGGAUAGUCCUACGCCAUCGCCAGGACCACAACAGUCACCGCGAUUGUUUGGUCUGCCUAAACCUUACACCGGGUUGUAUUCGGCUAAUAGCUAUAUGGCAAACCGUCCCGGCUAUUCCAGCUAUCGAAGGUCUUUGGAGUUGGAGAAAAAGAUUGAUACAUCGGCACCAUCGCCGACACCACCGGUUGAGCACGCAAAGACCAAUGGUGUGGAUGCGAAGGCGCCACCCCCGCAGCCGGCGCCGCGUAAGAUUCUCCCCGCGAGCAAUCACAAAGUCGUCACGCCGACGUCCUCGCUGGAGGGAGACGAUGCUCAGGUACUACCGAAGCCCAUCACAAGCGAGGAGUUCCAAGCCAUGAUCCCAGCCCACUUCCUUAAUCCCGCCUCCGACGGCGCCGCCAAGCGCACGCCCACCCCCCCGACGUCCGAACACACACACAAUGUCACUGUCACGAUCAGGAAGCCGGAGACGCCGAUCGAACUGCCGCCGGCGCCGACCGGACCCGGACGCGUCACGGAGACGAUCACCAAGAGUACGUUUACGGAGACGGUCGUCACGCGCAUCACUGACAAUACGCUCGUCACGCCCCUAAUCAUUGAGGAUGUUACGCUGAGCAAAGCCGGUGGGUCUCUGGGCUUUAGUAUUAUUGGUGGUACGGAUCAUUCCAGCAUACCUUUCGGCGUCAAGGAACCCGGCAUAUUUAUUUCGCACAUGGUCCCAAGUGGGACAGCUGCCAGUUGUGGUAAACUUCGUGUCGGUGAUCGUAUUCUCAAGGUAAAUGGCACGGAUGUGACGCAAGCGACGCACCAGGAGGCUGUUAUGGAAUUGUUGCGGCCUGGUGAUCAAAUCACACUUACCAUCCGCCAUGAUCCCCUACCGGAAGGGUACCAGCUUCUCGAGAUUGAAUAUGUUAAAUCACUUGCAAUGACGAUUGUGAAGGAGGAGAAUGAAAAACUCGGCAUGCACAUAAAGGGUGGUCUUCAGGGCCAACGUGGUAAUCCUCUUGACAGAUCCGAUGAAGGCGUGUUUGUGUCGAAAGUAAACUCAGUCGGUGCAGCGCGUCGUGAUGGCCGCCUGAAAACAGGCAUGCGUUUACUAGAAGUAAACGGCAAGUCAUUACUGGGCGCAACGCAUCAGGAAGCUGUGAAUACUCUGCGUAACUGCGGCGAUACCAUUCACAUGGUCGUCUGUAAGGGUUAUGAUAAAGCGGAAGUUGAUAGAGCUGUAGCGGAAGGACGCCUCACACGCGCUGGAUCUGUCAGCAGUCGGUCACAGAGUGUAAGUUCUCUGGACAUGGCUGACGAUGAUACAACGUCCAAGGAAGAAGCGAAGAUGAAGAAUGAAAUUGUGCAGUUUGAGAAGGAAGACGCCGAAAAGCGGUUGAAAUUAGUUGAAGAUGUUAAGGAGGAGAACGAAUUGGAGUUGGAAGCAGAUGCGGACAUGUCGCUGGUGGAAGCAAAGCCAACAACACCAGCUGAUAAAGUCCUGGAUGUGGUGAGAGCGGUGGAGACGCUGGCUCACAAUGAAAUACCCGUCGCGCCCAAAUCUCCAGGGGGACCAAAUAGUGAACUUAAAACAACUACGAUCGUGAUGAGCAAGCAUACGCUCGCGGCCCAAAAUGCAGCGACAACUGCCAAACAACCGGAAACGACGCACCGGAAACAACCUAAAUCCGAUUCCUAUUCUGAUCAUUCCCAUUCUUCCCUUGAAAAAGAAAAACGAGAUAAAACACCUAAAGUUGAGUUGAGACCACGAAAAGAUGACUCUGAUACAGAUACAGGCACAGCUCUCUUGAAGAGAUUGAGUGAUUCCAUUGAAGAAAACGAAGCGAAACGAAGAUUGUUCUUUGAGAGUGUACCCCCACCACAGACGGUUGUCAUUCAACCACCAAUGGGUUUGUUAUCGACGAGAACUUCCACUUCUUCACCUGCGUAUAGGGUUAUUGAAAGACCUUCACAACCACCGCCUGCUAUUCCCAGUAUAUCACCAACUGAACGAUCAAAAUCGGUUGAUUUUACUAUUUCUGCCAUGCGGCCCACACGGCCACCACCACCUCCACCGCCACAAAAGUCUUACUUUACGCUAUCCUCGUCGGUAGUUAAAGAUAACGACAAAGAGAAACGUGUUUUGCAUCAUCCAGAGAUUAUCUACGCUAAUAUACCGAUGAGAGAGGCACCUCCGCCGCCAUUACCACCGAAAACACCUCGGAGGGUAUCGUUUGAUGAUCGUGUUACCACAAUCGGAGCAAUUUCAAUACCGGAUAUUAAAGUUGACACCGAGGAGGUAACGCCAUCUGUGGUAAUGAGUAAAAAUACAAACACAGAAACAAAUAAACAAGAAAAUAAUAAUUUAUUAAACAUUGAGAUUCCCGAAAGUGAACUUGAGAGUUCCAUUGAAGUAACCCGAAAGUUUCCGGGUGAGGAAGCCGAAGAUGAGAUUAAAACGAAAUUUUAUUAUACGAAGAUGAUAAAGAGAGCUUUGAAGAGAUUAGAUUAUGCUCCAGUGAUGAGUCUGAAUAAAACCAUCGUGGAAGCAUCCCCUGUGAGCGCCCACAAAGAAAUUGCUUUCCCGAGGACACUGAGUGUGGAUGCAUCCAGUGAUACAGAAGGUUUUGCGAAUGAAAGACGUGAUACUGUUGUGGAAUUAAUCACUGAAAAGAUAGACAAGACUGAACAAUCGGAAAUGGUGGAUUUGUUUGCGCGUGAUUUAAGCCUGGAUUCCAUGCCGGUGGAGGUCGCACGUCGCCAUCUUGAGAAAUCUCCUCAGGAUCAUCGUUUGUCACAGACGCUGUUAGAGUUUAUUACUUUGAAUGAUGAUGAUUCGUUGGUGUUUACACCUUCGAUGCUUGAAUUACCCACGGGGCCACCUCCACCACCGCCGGAUACAUUACCACCGGAUUCACCGCCGCCGGAAGUGGAUAUGGAUGUGUUGCCGUUACCAUUGCCGCCGCCUGUUGAGCAGGUGGUGGAUUUUGAAGAUGCGCCUGUGUUACCACCAGCGCCUCCUUCUCCCUUGCCUCCUCCUCCUAAAAGUAAAAAAACUCCGCCGCCUCCGCCUCCUCCUCCUGUGAAAAAGACAAUAACGUUGAAACAAACGUGCACGACCGAAACCGACGCACUUUUGGUUACCACUAGGCACGUAGAUUCGGUAAGGCGUCGCGAUAAACCGCUGCGUGGUGAACAACGACGGAGCGAAACAUUCUUUAAGCGUUUUUCUUUGCCCGAUAAGAAGCCGCCACAAUCGCCAAACAACAAUUAUAAAAUGUCCGUGAGUGAUAAAAAGAAAUUCUUCGAGAAUGCCAUGGAGGAAAGUGUUAAAUCAUCGCCAAAACCAGAUAAAGUAUUCAGUUAUUUGAGUCCGGAUGAAGUGGAACGCAUGAAAGCCGAAGAAGAACGAAAAAUCGCCAAUUUAUCGCCGUCCGAUAUGGAUUCACUUGGAAUUUUAGAUAAUUCCGAUGAUGAAUCAAUGGAAUCGCAGCCAUCGAGGUUGAAUUCAUAUUUAAUCCACAAAAUGCAGAAAUGUUUAUUAAUUUCUCUUUGUAGACCUCAUAGUACCAUUGGUAUUAUAAGGACUGCGACAGCCGAGCGUAGAAUGAAGGAUCGCAUGCGUGAAGAAGGUUUGCUCACGGACGAAGAUGAACAUAACCUAUCACCAGCUGAAGAGCGGACAAGGCGCGCCGAGAAACGCGCUGCAUGGCGUCAAGCUCGACUUAAAUCAUUGGAACAGGACGCAAUGCAAGCGCAAAUGGUGAUUAAGUCAAUGACAGACAUGGUGGGCGAGCGGGAAACUGCAAAGGACAACGACAAUGAGAGUACUAACAGCAUUGCAUGUGUCCAGCUGCGGCCAUCAUCGGCCGACUUCCCCAAGUUGGCGGUGCGCAGCACGCCAGGCAACACGACGGUGCGUGAAAGUGAGAAGAUCGUCAACGAGACCGUCACGCGCAAAACCGAAGAGUACAUUGACGAUGCCACCGGGGAGCGACGCGUGCGCACCGUCGAGUAUGUCGAGAAGCUGAUCGAGAAAGAGGUUGAGACACUACAGGAAAAAAUCAUAUCUCUAGAACUGACCAAGCCCGAUCCAUUAGAUGUAAUCAACGGCAAUAACGGUUUUACUGACGAAUGCGACAAAUCGGAGCAAUCGACGCCGACGAUCGAAGAAGAAAACAGUUUGGAGCUGGAGCUCGCGCAUGCGGAGACUGCGAACGCCGGACAGAAUGGCGGCGGUAAGAAAAAACGGCGCAAGCGGUCCAAGCGCGGCGGCAAGCAUUAAAUUCACAUUUAUUUCUGCAUUUAAUCAUUUUGACAUUCCACGCAAGCAGUGGAGAAACAGGUUGGGGACGCUCGGUUUUUUUAAAUUAUUAUUCUUGUACAAAGAAGUAUUUUAUUCAUAUUUCAUGAUGAAUUUUUAAUCUUAAUACUAUUAGCACAUAAGUGAAGCCCGCAUUAGUUGUUUAACGGUGUUAUUUUAUAUGAAGAUGAAUUAUUAGGACGUUUAUUACAUUAUAUUGUGCUACAAAUAAAUAUUUAAUACAA